CACAGAUCUGAAGUUAGAACGGGAUUAAUAGGAAAGCAGUUGUGCUAUCGCCAUGAAAGUCCUCGCAAUAUUUGCCUGCCUCGUCGUCGGCGUUGUAGUUGUAAAAGGAAACUGCGACGAAUUGCAAAAAAUCAGAGUGCAGAACGAAUGGAACCUGGUUUACAACAACCAUAGGGAUGUCGUCUGUAAAGCGGCGUUUAGAUCAUUGUUCAAGUUAUCACCUGAAUCAAAAGCGCUGUUCUCGAAGUUUGACAGCGAUGACACAAAUUCACCGAAAUUCCAAGCCCAUUGCACCAGAGUUCUGGGAGGUCUUAGUAGUGUUAUAUCGUUGCUUGGAAACGCUGAAGUAUAUGCAUCACAAAUCCAGCAUCUUGCCGCCUUCCACUCCAAUAUUCCAAAUCUAAAAAUCAUAUAUUUUGAGCAACUUGGACAAGCCCUGGAACAAAUUUUUGCUGGAACUAUUAAGGAUUUCGACAACAAAGCUUGGAAAAGCUGCUACGGUAAUAUCGUCAACGGAGUUACAGCUCAAUUACAGUGAACGAAAUGAGAACAUGAAUGGACAGUUUGCUGAAAUGUGGACUGGACCAAGUUUCGAUCCUGCACCCCAACUAUUUGCACUGCGAAUUUCGCAAAAGACAAUAG